AUGACUGGCAAGCUUUUCGUUUUGGCCUUGCUGGGAGCAUUGGUGUUGGUGAAUGUUCAUGGCGAUGGUGAGGCACAGUCUUAUAAUAAUGAUCACAACUAAGGCGGCAGAGUUCGUUUUUGGUGAAAACCAGAGUACACGGAGUCGGAGAAGAACCCUGGUUUCCAUAUGUUCGUAAAAAUAGAGUCACGAUCUUUCUCAACGGCCAGUUUAUAAUAGUUCAUACCUGUAAACCACACAUAACAUCAUAAGUAUUCUCUAGUUAUAAAACUAAACAGUAUGUGGAAUCAGGAGUAUAUCAGUCUUAAUGUUUCAUCUACUCACUGAGUCUAACGGACGACGAGUUCACUCGUAAAAGGAAUCUCCUCAAACAUUUUUUUAAUUGUAUAGACGAUUUCAAGGAAGUGGACAACAUGGACGAAGUAGAAAAUAUGGAACAAGAAAGUAAGAAAACUCUUUAAUUCAUUUAAAUACGUGUUCGUAUUAGAGAGGUGUUCGUAUUAAAGAGAUGUCCGUAUUAGAGAGAUGUCUGUAUUAGAGAGAUGUCCGUAUUAGAGAGGUGUUCGUAUUAGAGAGGUAUUCGUAUUUAGAAGAGAUGAUCUCACCAGAGAGAAAUGACAUUAUCAGCGAUGUGUCCGCAUUAGAAAGGUGCCUGUAUUAGAGAGGGGUCCGUUUAGAGAGGUGUCUGUAUUAGAGAGGGGUCCGUUUAGAGAGGGGACGUCCGUAUUAGAGAGUAUUCGUAUUAAGAACCUCACCAGAGUGAAAUGAGAUUAUUAGCGAUGUGUCCGCAUUAGAGAGAUGUCUGUAUUAGAGAGCCGUAUUAGAGCAGUGUCUGUAUUAGACAGGUGUCCGCUUUAGUGUCUCUUAUUCGAGAAGUGUCUGCAAGGAGAGGUUAGACUGUACUAAUUUAAGGUACCAUGGAUAUAUCAUAUUCCCCUGAUGGCUUUGAAAUUCUUUCCCGCUCAUUUAUUUUCAGUUGAAGACGAUGAAGAAAGUGAAGACAGGCAACCAAGAUCCCCAUUUAGAUUCAGAGGAGGGUUCAGAAGAACAGGUAAGUUCAAACUGACAAGGGUAGAUGAUGAGUUAUGGUUAAAUCUUCAGAUAACCGAAACCUUGGGACAAAAGCUUGGUGUCUGUUGUUUGAGAGUGUCCUCUGUCGCUGUCUAUAUGUUAACAGACAGUAACUAGACAAAAUCGCGUACAUGAUACGGUGAUAACCAAGUGCUGGGUCUACAUCCUCUCUCCUCCACAGAGCCUCCUUAAAUAUUUACAAAUAAAAUCACUCCUUGCGCGCUCACUUUUUCCUCACUAGAAACUUCGUGUAAGCCUCUGCGGAGGAGAGAGGUCUACGAGGCGCUGGAAUAAAGCUGGUUACAGACGAGCAAGUUUUAAUAUAGCGAGUCUUAUUUGCCCGUCUGUAUGGCCAAGUUUUUCUAUAACAAGUACACUUGUUCAAAAGAAAGUCUACUUGUCAUUAAAAAAUUGCAAAGCAGUGGUGUCACUACACCACGAGCAGUUACUCAGGAGAAAGGAGAGACUGCCAACAACACAUGAAGAAACGAAAUACGCCCACUUUUCGCUCUUGUCAAGUCGGCUCCGCCUUUGCAGAAACAUUACUUAUACCCAAUUAAAUCUAUCCAACAGUUUAUUUAUAACAUCAACGUGCAGUCUGGGAAUUAUUAAUAGCAUAAUUACUACGUAUCAGAUUUGAUUGACAGGCGUAUCGAUUUCGACCAAUGGGAAUUUUGCGUUGUGUGCAGUUAUCGGCAGUCUCUCCUUUCCUUUCGCAUGCCCGGAAAUCUAAACCCGCGGAAAGGAGGGACCGCUCGCAGUCUAUGGUGUCACCUAGUUUCCUAUCCAGUUCUUAACUAUACAUGCUUAUACACCCAGUAUCCGUUAUUAGAGAUUUUCACAGUAUUCAGAACUUCAUUUCUUGAUUUGCUAUUUUCCAGGAACUGGAGUACGAAGUACACGAACAGGGACAAGAACUGGGGGUAAGCAACAGAGUCGGCACCAGGAGGAGAGGGGGGGGGGGGCAUAUUAGGCUCGGCUGCCAGGGGGUCAAAAAGGGUGACUGCCUGACUGCCUUUACCUCUCAACAAUGCUUUGGUUCACGAAAUGUUAAAGAGUGCUCAAUGUCAUAUAGAGCAGAUAUAGUUGUUUUGCCUUAAAAGGUUACCACAACAGCCUGUUUAUAGGACAUCAUAGUAUUUCAAUGGAGGUUAAUAUUGAAAUUAACCCGUUGCCUCCUUAUUUAGGGGGAAUUUUCCGAAGAACCAGAACCAGUACUGGUGGUGGUGGCUCAAGAAUUUUCCGAAGAACCAGAACCAGUGGUGGUGGUCGCUCAGGCUCGAGAAUUUUCCGAAGGAACAGAAGCGGAACACGAAGUGGAACUAGCGGUGGUUCAAGCGGUACCAAUGGUGGAGGUAAAUCAAUAUUCUCCGCCCCAAGUUCAUCAAUUUUUCAUCUCGUAUCUACACACUUUUGUAAAAAACGGACCUCAGAAAUCAGAAUUGAAAUGUUCAAAUUAGCCUUUGCCGAAAAUUUCAUUUUGUCUGGUUUUGAAAUUUUAGAUUUUCCUAGACAUUUCACUUGAAAUCUGGAAUCUGUUGCUGCAGUGAAACAUGGGAAAACUAAAUUUUCAAAACACCAUACCUCGCUCUCUGACUGUUCAAAACAACGUGAAAUUUUCGGUAUAUACUAAGUUGAGCAUGAACAUUUCAAUUCUGGACUCUAUUUCUGUCAAAUGUGAAGAUGAAAAGUCGACGACGUUAACCUUAGGGCCUUUCCAUUAACAUGGUCAGAACGGUCAAAUUGUUGAAUGGAACACAAAAAGUUUGGGUUUCGGACCUACCUGACCGGAAAAUUUAGAUAAAAUUAGAAUGAGGUCCAUUUUUGCUAGUUAUUUGAGAAACAUAGACCAUAUCUUUCCAUUGAUACAGAAACAAAAAUUCGGGUCUGUCAGGUCAUUAAAUGGAAAGCGCCCUUAGAUAGCAGAAUAAAGAUUUCCAGACCACACCUUGAUGAUGGUAUACAGCUGAUUCAAUUAAGGUUGUCCUUCCAAAACCUUAAACCUUAAACUCUGAGUGCGCCAGGGAUGAUGGGUUUUCACUUAUUAGGCCCUUAAACUCAGAGAAUUGCCUUUGCAGCAAGUAUGUUUUUUGUCAUGAGUCUUCUAUAUGUCUUAGGUAUUCUUGCCAAGCCAAAUUUCGAAGUGUAUGAGUCUAAAUAAGCAAUAACCCAUCAUCCUUUGCGAGCUCAGAGUUUAAGGUUUAGGUUUUUGGAUGGACAACCUUAAUUGAAUUAGCUGUAUAUGGAUUAUGAAGGAAUAUAGUUUUCAUAUACUUUGUGUAGCAUCUUAAGUUUCUUGUUUGCGUUUCUACAGGCACGGGAACAUUGAGUAAAAUUGGUACCGUCUUGGGCAUCGCACAACUGGGAGUUGAUCUUGCCACAACCACUCUAAAUACAAUGUCGAGCGUUGAACGUAAAAUGGUCCUCGCCCUUGGGAACUUGGAAGGCGUUGAUUGGCAAGGUCUGCAACGAUUUACAUUUCACCAUACAUGUCAUUUUAUACCGUUUUUACGUGUGGUUGUUCAUGUUGCUUUUGCCGUUGUUCUUACUGGCGUUGUUGCUGUCGUUGCCGUUGCUGUCGUUGUUGUUGUCGUUGCUGUCUCUGUUGUUGCUGUUCGUUGUUGCUGUCGUUGUUGCUGUCGUUGUUGUUGUUGCUGUUGUCGUUGUUGCUGUUGUCGUCAUCGCUGUUGUUGUUGUCGUUGUUGUCGACGCUGUCAUUUUUGUCGUUGCUGUUGUUGUGGUUGCAGUUAUUGCUGUUGUCGUUGCUGUCUUUGUUGUUGUUGUUGUUGUUGUUGUUGUUGUUGUUGUUGUUGUUGUUGUUGUUGUUGUUGCUGUCAUUGUCGUUGUUGUUACUGUCAUUGUCGUCGCUGUCGUCGUCGCUGUUGUUGUUGUCAACUUGUCGUCGCUAAUGUUUUUGUCGUUGUGGUUGCAAUUAUUGUUGUUGUUGUUGUUGCUGUUCUAUGUGGCAGAUUAUCAAAACAUCAAUAUUAAAACUUCUGCCCCGUAGCUGCCCCCGAUAGGUUUUGCUUAAAAGCCAGCUUAAUUUUUAGACUAUUUUUGGAGUUGAUAGCCACGUACAACAAGUUUAGAUGACAGCACGAAAAAUCAGCAGUUGAAGCGAAGAAUUCAGCAUUGUUGCAUCCAUUGUUAGUUCCUUUCGAGCAGGCUUCAAUGAUUCUAUUUUUUCAUAGGCGGCACUGUUUACAUGAACCAAGGAUCUUCUAUCAAAGCUAUACCCCUCGAAGUUGCGACCGAAGAAGGAAUACAAAUGGGGGGAGUAAAAACCACUGGACCUUCAGCAACUGGAGUGUCAGGUGCUGUGUGUUAUAGAUUCCAGCUUAUUGGGAAAUCUUUCUGUCUCAUGUUCAAAGUACCGUACAGUGGCGCCAAUUAUUGGAAUGUGAAGGUUUACGACGGAGCAAAACAAGCAAGCGCAGAUAUAUAUAAUGGCCUACAAAAUGGCGCCUUUAAAGCUGGUACUCCUGUUGCACGGAAAGAUAUUGGGGCAGGAGAGGGUUAUAAGAUCUACAUGAAAGAUUGCUCCAUGACAAAUGCUGGCCAAACAGUCUUGCAAGUGUAUCUUGGAUUGGAAGAAACUUAA